UUUGUUGCUAAAGGUUCUUGUGUUCAAAGUCUAUCUUCCAGUGUUCAGAGCACUCCAGAGAAAAAUGGUCACUCAGAUGAUGCUUCAAGAACAGCAGAGCCACUUCAAGAGUUCGUGAAGUCCGGUCUGCGGAAGGAUCUCUUUCGCACUUGCUGUGAUAAGGGAAAAAAGCAAUCAGCUUCGUCGAAACAUAAAAUGGCUGAAGCAUCCAUCAGGAUGAAUAAGAAGCUGUUAAAGAAUCAGGAUCUCAAAAAGGCAUCCACAAGUCCCAAGUGCCAGCCUUCCAGGAAACAGAACAGGAAAGGGGAAAAUCCUGUGCGUAUUCCUCCUGUUUCUGAAUCAUGUACUGAUACUAAGUUUUCAGAUACAUGGAUCUGCAAGAAUUCUGCUUGUAGAGCUGUUUUAUCGGUAGCUGACACCUUCUGCAAAAGAUGCUCUUGCUGCAUUUGCCACUUGUUCGAUGAUAAUAAAGAUCCGAGUCUUUGGUUGGAAUGCACGUCAGAUUCUCCUAACUGGGAAUCCUGUGGCUUAUCUUGCCACAUUGAGUGUGCCCUUCAGCAAGGAAAAGUAGGGGUUGUUAACCUGGGGCAAUUGAUGCAGCUAGACGGGAGUUACUGUUGUGCAUCUUGUGGUAAAGUUUCAGGGAUACUUGGUUACUGGAAGAAGCAAUUGACUAUUGCUAAGGAUGCACGGCGUGUUGAUUGCCUCUGCUACAGGAUAUAUUUGAGUUUUAGACUUUUUGAUGGCACGUCAAGGUUUCAAGAACUCCACGAAUUUGUUAGAGAGGCAAAGACUAAAUUGGAAACUGAGGUGGGCCCACUUAGCGGAGUCUCAGCCCAAAUGGCCAGGGGAAUCGUAAGCAGACUUGCUGUUGCAGGUGAAGUUCAAGCACUAUGUUCUGCUGUGAUCGAAAAAGCUGAUGAAUUUUCUGCUGCAGUUUCUAGUACAAGCCUGAAAACUAAAGGUACCUCAAACAGUUUUUUGUUCUUGUGCUAG